CCUCUGGGAGCACAAUUUAGUUGCCAGUCUGAAUUCGAACGCGUAGCACAUCGGUCGGAAGUAAAAAAAAAAAGCGAAGAAUGGAGAAGAACUUGCCCUAUGACCAUCACCACCAGCAGCCCGUGCCACAGGCACCGCCCAGUUAUGACAACACCCAGCCGGGUUAUCCGAAUUUGAACCAGCCACAGCCGGUGAUUUUGACACAACCUCAGGUUAUGCAAGCACCCCCUAAUGUGUUGGGUGGUGUUCCAUCUAUGGCCACGUGUCCGAGUUGCGGAGUUCGUAGGCAAACGAAGGUGGAAUUCGAGCCAAGUACCAAGACCCAUUUGCUGGCCCUUCUUAUUUGUAUGCUGGGGGGCAUUUGCUGCUGCUGCAUUCCAUACUGCACCGACUCCUGCCAAUCGGCUAAACACACCUGUGGCAGCUGUGGAGCCUAUGUCGGAACAUACAAGAACUAGGGAUCCUCUUCAAACCCCGAAAUAUCGAAAAGAAUUCGACCUUCAUCUGAAAGAAUCCCAAAAAAAAAAAUGUAUUCCCAAAGGGCUUUUGCCUUUUCUUAACCCUGAAAAUAUUGUAAAACGCUAAAAUAAAUGAAUAACUUGUUACUACUA